AAAACUUAAAAAUUCCGUGCAGUGAGGGCCGGCGCACUGCCAGCCACCCGUUCAAGGUGUUUCCGGUCUCGCUAUCACCCGUUCGUUUCCUUAUUUCCGUUUCUGGUUUAAUUUAAUUACAUUACAAAAAAACUCCCCCCCGCCGCCCCAAAUUCAUCCCCUUUUCCAUUGAGAAUCUUCAAGCAUUGGUGGUGUUCGAUCGAAAAGUGAGAAAUGGCGACCAAUAUAGGAAUGAUGGAUAGUGCCUACUUCGUUGGUAGGAAUGAGAUUUUGACUUGGAUUAAUAACAGGCUCCAGCUUAAUCUCUCCCGUGUUGAAGAGGAUCUUGUUACAUUAGUCUGGUGAUUGGAGCAUAAGUGAGGAUCCCGAAAUUGUUUUGAAAUGGGUUGUUUUCCCCUAAAAAUCGUUUCUUUCUGGACACUAUUUUAUUUUCUUGAUUUUAAUUCCGGCCUAAACUGUGUGUUGAGGGGAAUGAUUUGCUUCUGCAAUUGGGUUUCUCAUCUGAAGCGGUUUCACACGUUUUUUCGAUUCACCCAAUUAGUGUUUCCUCUUGGUCUGUGUUUGUUGAUUUUCUCAGUUGCAUAUUCAUGGUUGUAAUUAACCACCCUUGUUGGUUGAUUGGAUUUUUUUGGUUAUUUCUAUUUGCCUAUACUGUUUUCAUUCUAUUAAAAAAAAGAUACAGAGGUAUUCUUGAAGUAAAAUUGAAUUGUAUCAGGGUUUCCCUUCUAGCAAUAGAAAUUCUUGUGGUACUGCGAAGAGGAAAUAAUAUAUUGUUGAUUGGUCCAAGAAUAUCAUGCUGAAGGUGCAACUCUAUUGCAAACUGCAUUUCUAAUUUAUGGACCUGCAAAGAAUUUAUUCAGCAAUAAUUUUGGGGUUGGAAAGGAGUUGAUUUUAGAAUUUUAGGUAAAGUUCUGAAGUUAAAAUAUUUUUCGACCUUGCUAAUGCCUAGCACUAUCAAGUGCGUGAUGGACAUAUCCAUGACUAUGAGAGAUGUCAAAUUUGCUGAUUUUGUUCUAGUUAUGUGUUAUCAUAUCCAUGGGGUGUAAAUUUCAGAUAAGCAUGUUGAAUUUUGGCCACAAAGCUUGAAUUUGUCACAAUCAUUACUUGCUUUCAAAAAAAUUAUGUUUAUUUGUUGUUCCAGCUACAGUAAAUUAUGCUAGUUUACUAGCUUUGACGGUUUCUGAUAUGAAUGUGAUAGAAGUCACUGCAUGAUUGAUUAUCCUUUUCUUUUUUGCUGGAAAUAUUUAUGCGUUUCAAGCUACUUGUUCCAGGCGGCCUCUGGUGCUGUGCAAUGUCAGAUGAUGGACAUGACUUAUCCAGGAGUUGUUCCAAUGCAGAAGGUGAAUUUUGAUGCAAAAUCAGAAUAUGAUAUGAUUCAAAAUUACAAGGUUCUGCAGGAUGUAUUCAACAAAUUGAAAAUUGAAAAGCAUAUUGAAGUCAACAGGCUUGUAAAAGGCCGACCCUUGGACAACUUGGAGUUCUUACAAUGGCUGAAACGCUACUGUGAUUCUGUAAAUGGUGGCAUAAUGAACGAAAAUUACAACCCUGUUGAAAGAAGAAGUAAGGGUGGAAAGGAUCGAAGCUCUAAGGGUUCUCAAAAGAUCACAAAAUCGCUGCAAGCAAACAACAUGCAUAAUUCUGGAUCUGGUGAGACAGUUGGUCUUAGUAGACCUUAUGGGCCCAAACAAGCAAAGACUGGUGCCGGAGGUGAUGUGGCUAAUUAUUCUGGAGAGAUUCAGGCUUUGUCCAAGGAGGUUACAGAUCUCAAGCUCUCUGUGGACCUUUUAGAAAAAGAAAGAGAUUUCUAUUUCGCAAAAUUACGGGAUAUAGAAAUACUUUGUCAGACUCCUGAAUUGGAGGAUCUCCCGGUGGCUGUGGCAAUGAAGAAGAUAUUAUAUUCUGCUGAUGCAAAGGAAUCUGCACUCGUAGAAGCUCAGGAAUAUCUGUCUCAAAAUUUGAAUGCCGAGGAGGUUGAAGCAGAAGAUGAACACUAACUUGUCAUGCAUGCCAGAAACCUGCCUACCCAAGGUAUUACAGGACAUUCAAGAGCGCCUUGAUCUCCCUUGAGCAUGAGAUGCUAGAGAAAUUACGUUUAUGCUCAAGACACUGAGAAUGGCAACUGGGUGGUGUAAAAAUUGGCACUUUCUUUUCUUUUCUUUCGUAUUACGCAGCGAAUAAUUUCCUGUGAAACAGAACUACUGAAUAGUUCAAUAAUGAUAAAGAAUUGUUCCUUCUGGUAUA